UGUAACAUUAAAUGCAUAUUCAACAAAAAAAAUAAAAUAAUCAAUCAAUGAUCUGAAAAUAGUUUAUUACAAAAUAUUUUAUAUUUAUACGAAUUAAAUAAAGAAAUUGAAGUAGAAAAUCUGGUUGGACCAAAAAGACAAGAUCUUCCCAUAUUUAUUAGAGUGAAAGUUAAAGGAAAGAAAAUUUACUAGCUCUACUCUAUAUAUGAUUUCCCGUAUGUAUAGAGUUAAGUCAAAAAAAAAAAAGAUCCAUUUGUGGCUUUAUUUGAAAAUUGGUUUAAUAUCACAAUAGUGUGAGAGAUGAUGACGUUCAGCAACCUUCCGGAGGAUUUGGUAGUGGAGAUACUCUCUAGAGUUCCGGCUGUAUCUCUAUCACGGGUACGAUCAACAUGUAAAAAAUGGAACGCUUUGAUUAAAGAUGGGAAACUCGCUAAGAAGCACUUUGCUAAUGCUCCAAGGCACUCUAUGGCUCUCGUGUUGAUUGAUUCUAGGGUUUAUUCAGUGAGAUUCAAUCUCCGUGGAAUUCACAAUAACGUUGCUCCAUAUGUUAACGUAACAUGUCAUUUUAGCUUAAAAGAUCCUCUUUCUAAUAAUUUUUCAACAGAAGUCGAUAUAGGGGACGUCUUUCACUGCGAUGGCUUAUUGCUAUGCACCACCAAGGACUAUAGACUAGUAGUUUGGAAUCCAUGUUCAGGUGAAACUAGGUGGAUUCAACCCAGAGAUUCUUACAAGAACGAUGACUGCUAUGCUCUCGGUAGAUCCUCUUGCAACAAGUACAAAAUCUUGAGGCAGGAUCGUGUUAUCGAUCCUAGCCAAGACGAGUGCAAAAUGUUGUGGGAGGAUCUUCUUAGCAAUAAUAUUAAUAGCCAAGAAAUUUACGAGUACGAAAUCUAUGACUUUACCUCUAAUUCGUGGAGGGGUGUUGAUGUGACCACCGGCUUGUUCAAUCCAAAUAUUAUCAGUGGCAUGUCUGUAAACGGAAUCACUUACUGGUUUGAUAUUAGUGAGCAAUGCUUACUAAGUUUUGAUUUCUCAACAGAGAGAUUUGUAAGUGAGUCUCUCCCAAAGGAUGAUAAUUAUCAUUUGGCUUUAUCAAUGACUAGACAAGGGAAACAACUUUGUAUGUUAUCUACUCAUCACACAUACAUAACCGAAACAAACGUUAACUUAUGGAUAGCAACAAAGAGUGAGAACACCGAAGCAAUGUCAUGGAGCAAGUUCCCAAUACUGCGGGGUGGAGUUGGUCUACGCUAUCGUUAUCAUUUUAGGGAGGGGGUGAGUUUCUUCGCAUACCAGGUGAAGGAGAAGAUUGUUGUAGUGUCUUGUCAUAGACCCAACCGGCACUCCAAGAACAUCAUACACAUUGCGGGACAUGGUAAAUUCAUAGAAUUGGAUCAUCAUGGUGCAAAACCUAAACACGAAUUUUCUCCUACACCACUUCUCCUCGUAUAUGUUCCAAGUUUGGUUCAAAUCCAACAUGGUAUCUAGUUCUUUGGAGGGGGCAAAAGGGAAGCACCAACUCAGCUAGUGCAUGGCCUUGUGAUUGCCACACUAGUCUAUGUAUUAUAUAAUCCAACUCUUGAUAUUUUAUAAUUAAGAUAUAUGCAUUGCUAAUUUAUGACUUGUUAUUCUGUUUGCAAGUGUAAUAAUGUUAGGUGUCUUUUGUUAAA